CAAACAUUGAUAAUGGAGUCGGGGGGAGGGGGGUGCUGGAAGGAAGAUGCUCUAAAACGCAAAUGAGGCGUAGGAAAUCUAAAUGACCAAUGAGCGCCAACCCGAGAUGGAAGCUGCUGGAGGUAUAUAGGAGAAUGGAGUGAGUGAACAGUAGACAGAAAGAGAAGCUCCUAGCUUUAAUGUGCGUCACAUUCCUUGUACGCGAAGCAUCACGUGGUGGCUAACUGUCCCAGUUUUCUUUGCUCCCUGACACCUCCAAACUCAGCUUUUAGCCUGAGCAAGAUCUUAACCAGGAACCCAAAGGAGAAAACAUUCUGGGCUGAAGGACUCGAGUCUGAUCAAACCUGAAGUGGUAUAAAGUCAACUUUUUGCCCGCCUUUCUGCAGCGAUGUGGGCUGAGCUGUACUGUGAGUACAGGGCAGUCAGUAACUGUAUGUGACCAUUCCAUUCUAUCUAGUCCCUACAGGCUGUGUAUGGGCAAACUCGGAUCUUGUCGCCUCUUUGUGCAAGUGGCUCGAAAGCGAUGACAGCUUUCUUUAAAACCUGGGAAUCGCUGCAGGCACAAGCCGAGUCCAGCUCGAAACCACCAAAAUGAAACCCAGCGAAGGGAGUCGGAAUUGUUUCAAAUCGCGAUUUUCAUCCAGUUAAAGGGUCGUUCCGAGAAAGGCAAAAAUGUAACGACACCACAGAGAAAGUUUAAAUCAUGAAGAUGGUACUCUGAGGAGCUCGAGUUGGUAAACGGGUUUUGCUCAACAUUAAAAUAGGAUUGCGCCCCGGUGGACGGAUUCCUUCCUCCGGUUUCAACCUGUCGACACGGGCAGCAUUAUAUGCUCGAGGAGCUCGCUCUUUUAUCCAGGAAGAAGACAACACAAUGAUAGCAACAGGGGGUGUAAUAACAGGAUUGGCAGCCCUGAAGAGACAGGACUCGGCUAGAUCACAGCACUUUCAUCCUCCUCCUCCAUCUUCUGCUCCAGAGAAAAGGAGACCUAAGCGUAAGCCCGAAGCCAAUAUUGUUGUAGUAAGAGGCAAAAUCAGACUCUAUUCACCUUCAGGAUUUUUCCUUUUUCUUGGAAUUUUAAUCUUGAUGGUUGGGAUUGCAAUGGCUCUCCUUGGUUAUUGGCCGCAGGAGGUAGAUAAGAAAUAUCCUGUAGCUUCAAAAUCUGGAAUUCCAGAUAAUGGGUCUCAUGUGAUAACAGACCAUGCUGGAGUAUUAAUGGAGUUUUUUGAACAGCACUUACAUUCUGAUAAAAUGAAAAUGAUUGGCCCUUUCACCAUGGGGAUAGGGAUAUUUAUAUUUAUUUGUGCUAAUGCGAUUCUACAUGAAAAUAGGGACAAAGAAACAAAAAUAAUACAUAUGCAAGAUAUUUAUUCCACUGUCAUUGAUAUCCAUAGCCAAAGAAUUAAAGAGCAAAAACAUAUGAAUGGGGCUUGGAUUGGCCACCCUGGGAAUUCUGAUGUCAAAUGUCCUGACAACCAAUGUGCUGCAAAGCUGGCUGCUAAUGUUUUAUUGUCAUUUUCUGGGUCCCCUACUGAUGGAAUCACUCCACAGAAAUGGAAUGCUUAUGAGGAAGAGGAUGGCCUACCUAAGGAUGUUAAUACACUCUUAUACCCCAAAACCCUAAAACCAUCAGGCUCCAGCUACAGGCUUCAGACAGAAUCUCAAAAAGAGAAAUGUAGCUAUCUCAAAAAGUGUGAGACAAAAUCUAUUGUUUCAUCAUCUAUCAGUGCUUUCACACUCCCUGUUAUUAAACUUAACAACUGUGUGAUUGAUGAGCCUGAACUUGACAAUAUUACAGAGGAUUCUGACCUCAGUAAAGGUAGGGUUAAACAUAUAUCAAUGACAUCUUUAACAGUACCGUCAACUGAUAUUAAUGACUCCUAUAAGCCACCAAACCCACGUUUGUUAAGAAGCAACACCACUAUAACAGGUGGAAAAUCGCUCAAUGCAUCUUGUGCAUCCAUGGGAAUAUUUCUAUCACCAGGUUUCCCCAAGAAAGAGUUUGGAUCAAAUACUUCCCUUCACAUGUUGUCCUGUCAUUCGAAGUCUUUAGACCUGGAGAGAGGUUCCACAACGCUUACAGUACAAGCAGAGCAGAGAAAGCACCCGAGCUGGCCAAGGCUUGACCGUAGUAACAGCAAGGGUUAUGUGAAACUGGAAAACAAAGAAGAUCCAAUGGACACGCUACCUGUACCACAGGCUGCUGUAAAAAGCAAUUAUACAAAUAAAGAGAAAUUACUUAUGAUCUCAAGAUCUCAUAACAAUCUAAGUUUUGAAAAUGACGAAUUUUUAGGUAACAAUUUAAGGUGUGGAGCUUCAGAAACAAGGUUUUGAAGGAGCAUUGGUUUCUAUCAUGUGUUUAUACUUUAAGGCACUUUUAAAAAUGUAUUUAUGUGAGAAGUGCAUGUCUAUUUUAAAGAGAUGUUAUUUUCAAUACAAAUUAAAGAUUGAAUAUUUGUAGAUUGUGAUCUGAACCCGAAUCUUUGCAUCAAUGAGUUUUUUUUUUUCAUGCUGGUUUUGAGUGUCGCAGACAUAUUUCAUGCUGUGUUUGUCAGUUCUGUAUUACCCAGCUGCUCAGGUAUUGAUUGAGUUUAAAUCUCAGUCCAGACAGACAAUAACAACAGCGGAAUAGCGUUUACCUUUACUUUAUUCCUCAUACCAGAUGAAUAGAUAGAAUUUAUAAGUCUAAAGUGCAAGUGGCAUUAAAUCUACACUAAGGAAGUAUUAUUUUAAUGUCCAUGAAAAUUGAUUGAAUGAUAAAUUGGGUUGUGAAUGGAUGUACUUCCAGUACAAAACUGAAGUCUGUGUAUUGGAUGUGAGUUUGCCAGAUACUUUGCAAUUAAUUGCAUAUUAGUGUCCUUAAAAUACAUUUUGCUAUUUUUGGAACAAAAUAAAAUGUUGCAUAUCAUAUAAA